CCGGGGGCGGGGGGAAUGCCGGUAUGGGCUGAACCAAAAAAAGAAAAACCAGGGGAGGCGCUUUGGGGAGGAGAUAGAGAGGGUGGCCAGCCAGCCCCUCUCCGCCUUGUCUCUUGGCGCGCCCAUAAAAGCCCCGCGCAGCCGCCGCCUCCACGUUGCAUCUCAAGAGCAGCUUCGGGGGAUAGCAAAGCGUUGACUGCACGAGGAGAGAUGGGGACAGCGCUCGCUACACGGCUCGGCUUGGGGCUCUUGCUCCUGGCGCUUCUCUUACCCACGCAGACAGGUGGUGAUAAUGGAACAACUACAACCCUCUCAAACAACUUAAGUUCAACUUCUGUGCCACUUAGCACUCUGAGCAAUACCACCCAUGGACAUGGAAACUCUCUUCAAUCAACUACCGGCCUCUUCAUUCUCUCAAUCUCGCUUCUUUAUUUUUGUUAAGAGACCCUGGCUGGGAAAUUACCACCAUUCCCUACCCAGCUCCCUGAAGGAUCCAAGAUGGCUAGAUAUCCCAGCAUGAGAAAAACACAGAAUGCCAGUGCAGUUUAUGCUACAGUUCAGCUAUUUGUACCAAUUCAACAUAGAGAGCCACACAAGAGUAUCUGAUGAUCCAAAGUCAUCCUCCAGAAGAGCAAUUUGAUCCUCAAGAGCCAGAAGAUAAUGGGUGGACUCUGGGGUUCAACAGCUGGAAUUGGAAAUACAAGAUGAGAAGUACAACUUGAUUGGCCAUGGAUAAUGCCUCCUCACUAGAUGUAGUUCAUGAAGUGAUGAACGAUGGACUCGGCUUUUAUUUUCAUUCAAAUUAAAGCCCCCAUGCUUAUAAAAACCACUAGGGGGAAAAAAAACACAAAUGGUGGAAGUGGCUUCUGCUUAAUUCCACAGAGAAGGAUGUAUCCAGCAAAAAGGUUCCCUCCAGCAUCUUCCUUUGGAAUUGCCAGGAAGCCUAAGAUGAACAGAUUUUUAUUUCAAACCUUUAAUGUGUGGCUAUUCUAAUGAAGCCUGUGUAGCUUAAACAAUAUUGACAAACUAUUUUCUUAUCUUUACUGUGGUAUUUCAAAUUUCCAUUUUAUUAAAUUUGUUAUAAAUUAACAGCAUGUGCCAGGAAGACAAGGUAUUGGAAGGUGUCUCGAGAGUAGCUGGAAACGGCAUGUACAAAACUGAACGGGGGCAGCCUCCACCACCAAAACUGGGGAAUAGCUUUUUAAUCUUUCAGAACUUAAAGUCAAUUUUUGAUUUGGUGCAAUUGACACCUCAGAAUGAUGACUUUUUGAUAACAUGUUGGGGCAGAAGUUUGGUGGAAGCAAUUUUGAAAUUUCUAAGGAGUUUAAGUUCUGAUUGUUAAAGGUACAUAUCUAAAAGUCGGAACCUGACAUUUGCACAGAUCAUUUCUGUACUAUGCUUGAUAAGUAAUUUGGACUAAACCUGGCACUGAGAUAAGCCUUCAGCCAUCUAAAUGCUUAGAUUCUCAGAUAUAAAUAUGGAGAUACUUGUAGCCACUACCAUGGGGAUGUAACUUGUCCACAUAUAGUUCUGUCCAAUUAACUGUGUGGUCUCUGCUUUAAAUAAAGCCCAUCUCUGAAUUGUCCGUUACCUAAAACUCAACCUAUGCUUCACCAAGUACCUAUAUGACAAAACGCCAUAAACUGCUAUGGUGGGUUAUAUGUGCACUUUUUUGUAUCAAGUAUACUAUUUGAUUUUGUGAUUCUUAAUUAUGCUUUGAAUUCAAUUGGGCAAACUGUAAAUAAAAAAAACCCUGAUCUAA